AUGAUCAUUGACGCCCACCUCACUGUUCUGUCUCUGGUUAUUCCGAAAGUAUCUCCGGCAAAGCUCAUGGAUGAGAUCGAGUUGGUUCUUAUUCGUCAAAAUAAGGGAACUACAGAAGAAGCUGACGAUCUGUCUACUAACAACGUGAGUAUUGCUGAACAGAGAGCUUUGGCUAGUUAUACGCCUCAGGUUACAGCAGAAAACCUGAGGGUGCUAAGACAAUCAGCUAGCCACUUUUUAUCUGUUCUAUCAGCUGUCUUCUUGGAGAACAGGGAUUAUGAGGGGAAUUUAUUGCAGUCCACAAUUGAGGAGUUUGCAUCAAUAUCAAAUACAGAAGUUGUGUCAGUGUUGUUUAACAAUACAAUGGAGAAGCUUUCAGAGGUUACUCUAGAGGCUAACAAAGCAGAAAGCUCCAUCCGGACACGCCUAUUGGACUUGGCAGUUUCACUUUUGCCUGGUUUAAAUUCUGGAGAGGUUGAUAAUUUAUUUACUGCAACAAAGCUUGCAUUGCAGGAUAAUGAAAUUUUGAUACAAAGGAAGGCGUACGAAGUUCUUUCGAUUGUUUUCAAGAAAUGUCACACUUUUACUUCAUGGAAGAUUGAGGAAUGGCAUAGACUUAUGAUGGAAGUGCUGCCUUCAUGCCAUUCUUUGGCCAAAGAACAUAGGCUUGAGUGCUUACACCUCCUAGUAGUUCAGGUUCUAAAGUCUGACACAGAGCAGAGACGGCCUGAAAUCACAAGUUCUUUUCUGGCAGAAAUAAUUCAUGCACUUAAAGAGACUAACAAAAGAACAAGAGAUAGAGCAUUUGAUAUUCUUGUCCAGAUUGGCCAUGCUUGUGGGGAUGCGGAGAGAGGCGGGACUAGAGAACAUAGGCAUAAAUUUUUUGACAUGGUUGCGGAAGGCCUAGCUUGCAGAACUCCUCAUAUGAUCAGUGCUACAACUGAAGGCCUUGCUCGGUUGGCCUUUGAGUUUUCUGACCUUGUUUCAACUUCUACCAAUUUGCUUCCAUCCACUCUCCGUUGCCUCACAUCAGGGAGCCAAGAAAUAAUUAAAUCCAAUUUAGGAUUUUUGAAAGUAUUGGUGGUCAAACUACCAAGUGAGGUGCUGCAAUUGCAUACAAAAAGCAUGGUUGAAAACUUACUCAGCUCUCAAGUUUAUUGUGAAACCUCUUUGAAAGCCAAGGUUAAGCUUCUUCUGGAAAUGGUUGUCAAUAAAUGUGGACUUCAUAAUAUUAGGGCUGUCAUGCCUGGAGAACAGAUGGAAGUUCUUGCUGAAAUACAUAAGAUAACGGAAGGACAAGAAAAGAGGAUUCUGGGUUGCAAAUCUAUGAAAGAAAGAUCUCAUAUGUCCAAAGCAUCUACAUUCAGGCUAAGCAGAUGGAAUUAUACAGAAAUUUUUUCUGAUUUCGAUGAAGAAACUUUUGAUAGUAAGGCAGAUAAUAUGGAUGUGGAUACUGUCUCAGGCAGAUAUGGCAAGGCUGCUACUUCGCGGCUCAAAUCCAAAUCAUUAGUAAGGUCCAAGAGUAGAAAACACAAGAGGUCAGAUGAAGAUGUGGAGUUUACAACUUUUGCACUUGCUAGGAAGAAACUACUGAGACAGAGAGUAGAGUUGCAGGUGGAUCAUGCUUCAGAAAGACUCUCGGCUAGUGCGCGCCAAACGGCUCCUGAUUCGUAUGAUAGGUGGCUUGCUAAGAUAGCCGCUGGAGAAGUGAUAUCAGGCGCAGCGCAAAAAAACUUAGGAUUGAAGUUAAAGAGAGUUGAUAUUAAACAUGCGAUGUAAAAUAUGCCAGCAUUAUUGUCUACUUAUUUCAACAGAUUGUGCUACUAUAUGACCUGAUUAAUAUAUAUGAUAAUACUGCACUGAUACUUAUGAGUAAUAUCUUCUUUCCAAAUUGAUCCUCCUUGUUCCGUCCAAAAAAAAAAAAAUGAUAAAUGGUAAUGUCAAUCACUAU